AUGGCGAAAGAACAAAGGGUUGCACAAGUGGAAGUGGCGAAGCAGAGAUGCAAGUGCGUCAUUGAUGCCAUUGACAAGUUACCUUGUUCCACCAACAUCACUCAAUCGUGUAAACGAACCCUCCUCAAAUUGGCACGUGCCGAGCUCACUUUUCUCUCUCGCCCCUCUUCUUCUGGGCCCCUCAGUGUCAACAUUGGGCACCUUGAAACGGUUGUCCAUAUUCUCCAGCAGCCUUUCAUAACUGGAGUUUCUCGAGUUUGCAAGUCAAUCCCACUCUCACCUUCAGUUAACAGUGAGGAGAGAUGUGGUUCUUCUCUUAAACACAUCCAUGUUGAUGUGGUUUGUACCCUCAACAGGAAGCCUGUCUGGAUUAUAGUAUCCGAUAGAAAUCCAGACUACAUUUCUUGGGAUAGAUGCCAUAAAAGUAAGGGUUUAAAGCUUCGCAUUCAAGAAAUACUUGCUGCUGCCCAGUCUAACUUUGCAUUAAGACCUUCCUCAAUUAUUCUUUUCUUUGCAAAUGGGCUUGCAACCCACAUUUACAACAAACUUCGAGAUGAACUUGGGGCAUCUGAAAUCGAGUUGGAUUUUUCAGUUUUCAGUUCUGACAUGUUGGAAGAAACUGAAGGUGACUGGAUAAAUGUUAUUGCAAGAUCAUAUAUAAAUUCAUGUGUCCUUGAAAUUAAUCCUGCCGAUGGCAAGGAUGUUGUUCCAAAUUUUGGAUCUAGUGUUCAAGGUUCAACUGUGGACUCUUCCCAAACAGAUCUUUCUGUAGGAAAAGUUGAAACUCAACCACAACAAUUGGAAGAAAAUGCCAGAAUUAGGGACUCAUUCCAUCCCGAGCUUCCAAUAGUUGAAGCCAAAACUCAAUCCCAGUCCAUAGAAGAGAAUGUUGGAACAAACUUGGGUGAUACAUUCUGUUCCAUUCUUAUGGGGAUGAAACCAAGUUCAAUGGAGAACAAAUAUUUUGAAUACACGAAGCCUGGGAGUCUUUUAGGUGAGACUGACAUAGUGAAUUUUGAUACAACAGCUUUGAUAGCUCUUGUCUCAGGAAUUAGUAAUGGUGGAACAAAGAAACUUCUGGCCACUCCCGAGAGUGAAAUGAGACACCGGUUUAAGGGAAACUUUGAUUUUGUGAUUGGUCAAAUAAUGUCUGAAAUUCAAAAUCCAAUCCAUAUGGAAUUUGGUAGAAUCCUACAUGGGAAGAAUGGCCUAAUUUGUGAGAGUGUUCUUAUGGAAUUUAAUGAGUUAGUAUCAAUGUGUGGAGGGCCCAAUGAGAAACUGAGAGCUGACAGGUUGAUAAAUUGUCUCAGGGUUGUUCCUGAUACUCCCUCAGAACGCAUGAUGGGCCUCCCAACAACAAGAAAGUUGGCAUUAAAAAACAAAGUUGUCUUUGGCACUGGUGACCAUUGGCAUGCCCCUACUUUAACUGCAAAUAUGGCAUUUGUCAGAGCAGUUUCUCAGACAGGGAUGUCCCUUUCUACUAUUGAACAUAGACCAAGGGCCUUAACUGGUGAUUAG